AUGCCACAGCAUAACGAAUACUACGCAGUUUUUACAGGGCGCGUAGAGGAACCUACAAUAUUUUCGUCAUGGGGAGAUGCACACCCUCGAGUGACAGGCUGUACCUCAUCGCAUAGAGCCUUUGAAACCCUCGAAGAAGCCCAUGCCUACAUGAAAGGGAGGGGUGUGGCACAGGCUAAAACAGUGAUGAAGAUUGACGCAGGAAAAACAGCACCUUUAGAUGGGAAUGGAUUUUUUGCGGUUGCCAAUGGGAAAAGCCCUGGUAUUUAUGAUUUAUACCGCGGUAGAUACGGUGCCGAGAGAGAAGUUUCGAAGCAGAGUGGCUCUUGUCACAAGAAAUUCAGAACGAGAGCUCAAGCCGAAGCUUUUAUCGAAGAUUGGAAGGAGUCCUAUGCUGAUGUUUGGCGGAACAUGAUAAAGGAGGUAUUGGAUCAGGGCUUCAGACCUCGUGAUAUUGAAGCCUUGAGAACUAGUGGUAUGAAGUCGAUUAUUCAACAGUUUAUGUACGAGCCGGACAACCCUAUUGAAAUCGGUGAAAUUACGGAAAAGGCCAAGCAGCUUUCCCUGCAAUGCCCAACCCAUGAGAGCUAA